GUAAGACAUUCCCAGUGUUAGGUAGUGAGAGGUACAACAGAAACAUUCUAAAUGAGAUGACGAGAGGUCUUCACCACCUGCUGAUGGGCCAGUGUGCUGUGUGCAUUAUGGUGUGCAGCAGAAUCCAGUCCACAGCCAGUCACCCACCACCAGUCACCACCUUACCUACUUCACCCCACACAUGGAACCUAUUUGGUAAACCUGGGGAUGGGUACUACACACAACUUGAGAUUGGCACACCCCCACAAAAGUUUAAUGUUCUGGUGGACACAGGAAGCAGCAACCUGGCCAUCGCUGGGGCUGUACACAAAGAAUUGGACACCUUUUAUGUCAGACAGAACUCAUCAACAUACGUGGACCUGGGCAGGGAUGUCAAGGUGAAGUAUACACAGAGCAGUUGGACUGGCCACGUGGGACGUGACCUAGCCCAGUUCCCCAGCGUCCCGGGCACGUUGCCACUUGUGACUGACUUGGCACUCAUCACCGCCUCGGAGAAUUUUUAUGUGAACAACUCUCAUUGGCAGGGGAUUGUGGGUCUGGCCUUCUCAGCACUAGCUCAGCCACAAGGUUCAGUUAUACCAUGGUUUGACGGCCUUGUUGCCCAGAACCAUACUGUUAACUCAUUUACCCUGGAGCUGUGUGGACCGUAUAGAGAGGAGGAGGGAAUAUUUCAUCAUGUGGGACAACUGUUUAUUGGGAAAGACACCGGUGCUUGUCCAUCCCCCACUGUGACCAGCCCCAUCAGACGAGCGUGGUUUUACGAGGUGCUGAUGGUGGCUCUAGUCAUUGGGAAAAAAAUGCUGAAUCUUCCAUGUGUAAAGUACAACACAGACAAGACCAUCAUGGACUCAGGCACCUCUAACCUGAGACUCCCUUCUGAGGUGUAUAAGAUAGUGAUAUCAGAAUUAGAGUUGCAAACUUCUGAAAUAAAUCCACCACUACCACAAGAGUUUUGGGCAGGGAAUGAAGAAAUUUGCUGGCGACGGGAUCAAGAGGUUUGGGACGCUUUCCCCAAUAUAACCAUCCACCUGGCACACAACAACAACUCUGCAUUCGCCAUCACCAUCCCACCACAGUCUUACCUGCGUCCUGCUCAAGACUCAUUCAGCGGUUGUUGGAUGUUGGGGAUUGAUGAGUCUCAGUCUGGUACUGUGUUAGGUGCUGUGAUAUUAGAGGGACUGUGUGUAACAUUUGACCGUGAGAAGAGUGUGAUUGGCUUCUCCGAGUCAGUGUGUGGGCCAUCCAUUACUUUAGGAAAGAUCUACAAUACCACAGACUUAAGAUCGUGUGUGUACGUGCCAGAUGUAGUGGACGGACUGACGCUAGCAUCAUACGUAAUGGGCGCAUUCCUGGGACUACUGUCACUGCCCCUUGUGUUAGCAGGAUUAAGGUGGGCUUGGAGGUCUUUCAUUAGACCGAGCCUAAACCCCGAAGUACCUUUUCUUACCUUGGAUGAGACAAAUACUUGAGAGUUUUAUACGAUAGCUUACAUUUGGUACUUUUUUUAUAUAAAUGUCGUAUUGUUGUUUAAUUGGUAUUGAUAUAUAUCGAUUAAAUGAUUGUAUGAUAAAAGUUAUCAGGUAUUCUGUGGUGUUCAUACAUUAACAGGUCAUAACCAAGGGCUUCUGUCCGUGAUUUAUCAUGAAACCGGUAGUCUACAGUAUUUAUAAGGCUUGUUCUUUUUUAUCAAUAAUUUUGAGACUUUUAAUACUAUUUCAAACUUGUCACUGGAAUACAGUAAUUUAACUCGUCAAAAUAAGUCGUUGUACCUGGUAAUUUACUCAUCUAAACAUUUUCGGUGGCACCCAUUAGUUUUACUUAUCUAAACUUACAGUGGUAUGUGGUAUACUUACUCACCCAAACUUCAAUGGUAUCAGCUAAAAAGGCCAGAUCUUAGUUCAUUACCCUCUAACUCACAGCGAUUCUUGAACAACACCUUUUAAUUAUUACUAACUUACAUAACAAGUACUGUACCGCAUGAGAUAACAGUGUGCAAUAUUCCUAGAUGGAGGAAUGUGUUCAAUUUUUUUUAUUUUAGUGGUAAUAGUAUGUUUAUUUUUAAGUUUUUAAUCCAUUAUUAUAACACUUGCGCUACAGGUGAUGAUUAUGGUUAAGUGACUAAUCGUGUGGAUUGCUUGUUAAUUAAUCUUAAUGAGUUAACGUGAAUAGAAAAAUCGAGCUCGUCAGGAAGAAGGCAAGAAAUAUGUUUAAUGAUUUUUAUACUUCAGAUUUUUGUGACUGCUCGACCCAUGCCAUAAUACUCAUUAAUAAAAAAUUACAGUAUAAGCUCAGAAAUCCACAGGGCUGUUGGAACUAAAGGCUAGCCAGAUUUAUGAAGUUUUCCUAUGUUGGAGUUCCCCGAUGGUAAGUUUAUAGCUCUGUUAGUGAUGUACACCUCCCAAGUAGAAAAUUACCUUGCCCAGGGUGUAAAUGUAUAAAUCUGAGGUGAAAUAAGUACUGUACAGGUAAUGUUAUGUGGUUUUGUAUGUGAGGCAGAUGUAAAUAGGCAAAACAAACUAAUGACACCAAACCCACCUGAAUGAAUUUUUAUUUACAAUAAGUUUGGGUUUGGUUGGUUUGCAUUUAAUUAAUGGUGUUUGUCCACUAUUUUUACUGAUACUUGGUACACUUGUUUCACCUCAUUUUCAUACAUUUAAACUCUUAACUGGAAUUUAAUUAUAUUACCUGCUCUUGAUGUGUGAUACCAAACAAUAACAAAAUAUACAGUUACUGUAGCAGGCCUACAGAUUGGUACACACUGCUGUGUUUUAUAGCUAUAUUGUAACAUAUUUCAGCAACUAAAUUGUAGAAAUUGGAUUUGUAAAUAUUCAGUAAUGUAUUGUAAACAUAACUUGAGUAUUUAAAUAUUUACCUUGUUAGUUUUAAAUAGUAUUUUACCUUGUUAGUUUUAAAUAGUACUUUACCUUGUUAGUUUUAAAUAGUACUUUACCUUGUUAGUUUUAAAUAGUACUUUACCCUGUUAGUUUUAAAUACUGUAGUACAAAGUCAUAACAUACAGGAAUAAGCACUGUCACAAAUGAGGUCCAGUUGAUUACUGUUGACACUAGUGAGGUGCAACACAACCAUCAACAUACUGAACUGGCUGCUGUUAGUGAACUUCAGGUUGAUUUCAGUAUUUGAUUAUUUUUCACCGUCUUAUAAAUUUACCGGUUUUCUUAAUUCUAGAUAACUAUUUAAUUGUUUUCGGAGGAUGUAAAAUACCAUAUUUUCCAUCAUACUAGAUGUACCCAUAUUUUACCAGGGAAUAUCUGGGGAAAACAAAAAGUCUCAAGAAUGUGAGGGUUGCAUUCCAAAAACUAAAAUUCCUUAAACCAAAAACUAUUAAAGGUAAAACGGAACAAUGCAUUCCACAGCUUCUACACUACUGCCCCAGACCAAUUUCUAUCAUUGUUACAAUAGUAAAAUGACAAUCAUCUACAAUACAAAUAUAUAAUACGUUUCAAAUAUGUAGAGACUCCAAUACUCACACACAUAAAGGGUCAUGCUCCCCACUAGAGUGUACAGUAUGUGAUGGUCUUUCACUGUCAUCCUCUCUUGCAGGUUUAUUUAAAAAAAACAAUCUACAGUGAAACCUCUACUUAACGGACUAUGUAGAGAGAAAAGUCCAUUAUAUCGAGGGUCUAUUAGAUGUGAAACCCUCAUCUAAUGGAUUAUAUGUAUAGAGAACUGUCAUAUGGAGGCUUCGCUGUAUUUUGUAUUGUGUAAAUUAUUACAGUAUUAAGGUGGGGUGAGUUUUUGGAUCCCUCUUUUGUUUUUCCUUUUUUUUUUUAAGUAUUGUACAUCUUAUGUGGCGGGAAAUAUAGUACUGUACCUGUGUGUAGAGGAAGGACAUCACUCAAUCAGUGAAUGGACAGGUACAUGUGUGUGUAUGUAAGUCUGCCAAACAUAAAUGCCAAUGAAUUUUAAGUUUGAUGACAUGUUAAGGUGUAUGGUUAUAAAACAGUUGUACUUCACUUUGCUGGAGUAAUCUUUGCAGAGGAUGACCUGAUUGAAGAAAAACUAGUGUCACUCCCCUUCAAUUUCCUGGGGAGACCAAGUACUCAUAACCGGUCGAGUCAUCCUUUGUAAAUGUAUCGGUUAACUGUAUGAAGCAAGACAAUUGUUCCAGAAUGUGAAAAAGUUUACCUUAUUGUAAAUUUUAUAUUUAUUUAUCUAAAUACACGUUAUAGUAAUAGUAUUGUGGUGUUAGUGUGUUCAUUAUGAUAAGAUAUGUACUGGGAGGAUCAAGUUUUGGACCAUGAUGAAAUAUCUGGUGAUACUGUAUUAGGAAGAAAAGGCACACUAUUACUAUUAAUGAGUAAAUUAAAAUACCUG